AUGCCGUCUCCGCGGCUAAAGGAAGACCUCGACACAGACGACGAGUUUGAACCUGUGAAUACAGACCCGAGAUUUGAAUGGGGGUUUGGAAGCCUUACGCUCGAAGCGGGAGACUAUUCUGAUUACGAUUACCAUGACGACGCCAGGGCGUUUGCGGGCACGCCCGAUCCAGGUGCGGAUCAACGAAGACGUCGAGGACGCCAAAGUGAUGCUGCUUUCGCGGACGCUCCUGAGUUCGAAUACAAGACAUUGGCAGAUGGCAAUGCAUUCCGACUUGUUAAUCUCCAGCCCGGGACUGGAAGCAGCGCCCUCGUGGGCACACUCAGCUGGGAAGACUCGAAAACUCCCCAGAGACAGUACUAUUGUCUUAGUUACUGCUGGCAGACAAUUGAAAGGAAUGCCUGCAUACUAUUGGAUGGGUGUCGUUUCCCAGUGACCAAGAAUCUUUUGGCCGCGUUGCGAGCCUUGAGAAAGCCUAAAAAGUCCAUUCUGAUAUGGAUCGACCAGAUUUGCAUCGACCAGGCGAACGACGCCGAGCGUGGACAUCAAGUCUCGAUCAUGAAGCUAAUUUUCAACCAAGCACACCAGGUCUACAUAUGGCUUGGCGAACAUGACGACCGCAGCAAGCAGCUCUUUGAGUAUGCCGAGCGGAAACGGAUUGCAGAUAACAGUUCGAGGCGGGUGCUGAACCGCAUGCUGAGCCGAAAAGACCUCCGGGACUCGAUCGAACGACUCCUAGAACGACCGUGGUUCCAUCGUGUAUGGGUGCUGCCUGAAGUGGUGCUCGCGAAGCAUACCAGAGUGGUAUGCGGUGGCACCCGAAUCAGCUGGUAUGAGUCUGUGUCUGUCUGCGUCUCGUUGCGCGUCUGA